CGGAUUCAAUUAGUAGCAUCAGUAGCAUUUAAGAAAUUACUCGCUUUCUUCGUUGUCUUUUUGAGCUUAAACAAAUAAUAAUACAAAACGUUGUAAAAAUGAAACCCUGUAUUUUUGCAGCUGUAUGUCUGGCAGUAGUCGUCUGCGCUACUUCAAAUGAUAUAAACGUUGGUGAACGAAAACCUGGUGAUGUUCUUGUUGCUUCGCGACGACUUUUUAGAAUUGGAGUACCGGGAAAACCGAUGGUAGCACAGUCAGGAUACAACGCAGAGGGAACAAUUACCGCCGUAAAUGCUGUCAAUGCUCCUGGAUCAGAUGCAAACGUAACGAUCGUCAAAGGUGGACCCGGAACAAGCAGAGUUGUGGUGGCAGCAAUUAGCGAACCUGGAUCAGGUCUUGACGUACAGCUCGACAUUUAUGCUCUACUAGUUGACCCUACUACACCACCCUCAGCUUAAAUUAUUCCUCUGUGGCUUAUAUGUUCAUUGACUGAAUAUUCUAAUAUACAUACUAUUGUAUAUAAAUUUUAUUUCAUUGUAUUUAGAAUCAUACUAAUAAAUAUUAUUUAAAAUAA